AUGUCUGGAGCUGAAGAGACCGCUCCAACAGAAACAUGGGAGUCUCCUCAGUACGAGGCCUCACUUCCUGUCACAGAGAAGUCUAAUCCUCUGAGCCAGGACCUGGACAGAGCUUCAGCCAAUCAGAUUUCCAGGAUCCUCCACGCCUGCGAUAUGCAAAUGAUCCGAGGAGAGUCCGGCGGCCCCAGAGCCAUGGGCGGCCCCAGGUCCAUGGGCGGCCCCAGAGCCACGGGCGGCCCCAGAGCCACGGGCGGCCCCAGAGCCACGGGCGGCCCCAGAGCCACGGGCGGCCCCAGAGCCACGGGCGGCCCCAGAGCCAUGGGCGGCCCGCACCAGAGACUUCUGAGCGACGCUGUGUUGGAAACGGUGAUGGAGGUAGCUCUAAGGUUAGAGAAGAUCCUCAAGGACCCAGACCGAGACCGAGACCGAGACCCAGACCCAGACCGAGACCACAGCCGGGUCGUGCUCAGUGGGUGUGGGACGUCCGGGCGUCUGGCGUUUUUCGUGGCGACGAGUUUCAACAAAGCAUUGAAGGAGUUGAACCGGCAACCCAUAUACACGUACACGAUCGCAGGAGGAGACCGGGCUCUGUUCACCUCACAAGAAGCACCGGAGGAUGACGCUGCACUGGGCAUGCGCUGUUUACAACAGGUGAGUGAAGGACAGAAGCAGGUUCUGUUCAUUGGAAUCUCCUGUGGUUUGUCAGCUCCAUUUGUUGCUGGUCAACUGGACUUCUGCCUCCGACACCCGGACGUCUUCACCCCGGUGGUGAUGGGGUUUAAUCCUGCACAUCAGGCCAGGUCUGACCCUGUCCCAGGCUGCGGCUUCACCUUCUCUGACGUCAUGCAGCGGAUGCAGAGGGCUCCACAUGAGGCCUUCAUCAUCAGCCCUACAGUGGGGGUCAGUCCUACAGGGGGGGGGGUGGGGUUAGGCCUACAGGGGGGGUCAGGCCUACGGGGGGGGGGGUCAGGCCUACGGGGGGGGGGUCAGGCCUACAGGGGGGGUCAGGCCUACAGAGGGGGUCAGGCCUACGGGGGGGGGUCAGUCCUACAGGAGGGGGUCAGGCCUACAGGGGGGGUCAGGCCUACAGAGGGGGGGGGGGUCAGGCCUACAGAGGGGGGUCAGCACUACAGGAGGGGUCAGUCCUACAGGGGGGGGGGGGGUCAGUCCUACAGUGAGGGUCAGGCCUACAGGGGGGUCAGUCCUACAGGGGGGUCAGGCCUACGGGGGGGGGUCAGGCCUACAGGGGGGGUCAGGCCUACAGAGGGGGGUCAGUACUACAGGGGGGGUCAGUCCUACAGGGGGGGGGUCAGUCCUACAGUGGGGGUCAGGCCUACAGGAGGGGUCAGUCCUACAGGGGGGGGGUCAGUCCUACAGUGGGGGGGUCAGUUCUACAGUGGGUCAGUUAACUCUCAGGCUUCUUCAGUGGGUCAGUUAACUGUCAGUGUUCUACAGUGGGUCAGUUAA